CAAGAAAAGAUACACAGUCAUAGUAUUUUGUUAGAUCAUUGAACUGAACUUUUUGAGCUGCCUGCCCAAGCAUGGACUUGUGAAUCUGGGGCUGAAAACAUCUCAUUAGUUGGUGAAUUUUUUGGGGAUUAUCUGAGUUUUUAGGGACUUUUGAACGCAUUUUUGGUCAUGGUACUUGCGUGUUGACAGAAGAAGUCCCUGUGUUGGAUUUGCGUGGGAUCAAAGUUGUUUUUAUUCGGCGCAGAGUGUGAAUGAAGAGAAGGGGAGGGGGAAGCAUGUCCGCCGGAGACUGCAGUCACCUGUUGAGGGCCGCCUGGCUGCUCUGCCUCUGCCAAGUUGUGUUAGUGGCUGCGUCCGGGAGUAAACUUUGGGAAGUUCCUCUUUCAUCUCCGAAUGUGAGUCACAGUCUUCAAUGGGAGCCUCACUGUCAGCAUCAUCAAGACAAGGCAAAGAUCACAGCAAACGUACCUCCAAGUCUGGACGGGACCUGGGUGUCUACAAGAUGUGAAGUCAGACCCGGCCCAGAAUUCCUCCUGCGUUCCUACACCUUCCACCCUACUCGUCACCUACAGGCCAUCCAGCACUACUACACCGACAGUGCGUGUGGGGACCCUGCUUACUCCCUCCUCGUCCGGGGCAAGCUCCGUCUGCGCCAAGCCUCCUGGAUCACCCUGGGGGCCACAGAGUCUGACCACCACGUCAACAGAGUGGGCAUCGUGAUCCACAGUAGCUCAGCCAAGCAAAGACUGGCCUCCCGCCUGCCCCCCUCCUGCGUGGGGGCGGCACUGAGCAAAGCGGUGCCAGGGAAGGUGCUGGAGCUGUACAAUACCAGGGCGGGGAGGCUGUGCCUGUCCGCUAUGGGGUUUUCGAUGGCGGAGCUCGGGCUGGUGAGGGUGGAGACGCGUAAUUUCGGACAUGGAGGGAGGGUCCAGGAGCUGUUUCUGGGGGACAUUCACACACAGUGGACACAGAGGACGUACCACCGGCCCACAGGGUACCAGACGCCCCUGCAGAAUGUGAUGCACCACAUCCACCCGUGCCCAGUUUGCGCCCUGGUCUAUCGUUCCUCCGAGCUUCGUCCACCCGCCCUUCCUCGUGGUCCCUCCCCUCCUCUUUCUCUAUCGGGGCGAUGGGUGAGCCAGCGCUGUGAGACCCGCCCCUCUGCCCUCUUCCUCACCCGUGACUUCACUUUUGAGCCUGAUGCCCACCAAUGGGGGGGCGUCUACCGGCACUUCUCCGACCCAUUCUGCACACAACCCACUUUCACGCUAACUGCUUCCGGGCACUACGCACAAGGAAACCCGUCGGCCAAAAUCUCCACAGCAACUGAGUUUGUCUUCAAGGUUACCCAGGUGAAAAUUACGCCGUUUGACGUAGCAACGGCGAAGCUACUCAACUCUACAAGACCAGGGAAGUGUGGUUUGACUGGGAAUUGGCAAGUUGGGAUCGAGCAAGACAUCACGACAACACACGGGUGCACUGCGUUGGGUAUCAAACUGCCCCACAAGGAAUACGAGCUCUUUAAAACUGAGCUGGACCACAGAAAACAAGCACUGCUGUUCAUUGGGGAGAGACCUACAGAUGGAUCGAGCCCGGACCGACCACAGAAGAGGCCCACUUCCUUCCAGACGCCCCUGGUGCAGUGCAGCGGGGGUGGGGGAGCGGGGCAAGAGGAGAGACUACCCCGCAAGGAAAGAUUGGGUUCCCAUAGCAAGCAAAUUCAGCUACAAAUAAGCGGAGGAGAGCGGAGGAGAGGACAUGCGAUGCUGCUAGCUCUGGGUUUAGUACUGUACACCUGGGGAUGUGUUUAUUAGAUCGGUAAAGUCCAGGUGUUGAUGGACAUUGUUUCCUGGCAGCUUUUUAUCCCCCCUCAUUUUCUCGCCAGCUGCUCUACCUUCUCUGUCCAUGUGAUGCUCGCCACAUGUGUCUCCAAGUCUGAAAAAUAGAAAGUAUUGGUGCUAAUUUGAUGUUGACAAAUGGUGUAGUUAAAUUAUCCAUUUCAUUUUUGCAAUUUCCAAGGUUCCCACGGUCAUGGAAAUUCGGGAACGUCAUGAAAUUUUCAAUGAAAGUUUUGGAAAAGUCAUGGAAUUUUAGUAUCUCUUUCAUGCAACUACAUCGUUCUGUUAAAUUAUCAUUAGGAUAUUAUGAUUAUUUCCAAACGUAUGUGCCUUUUAUUCAAAAGAGAUGACAAUAAAUGCACUGACAGUAUUUUCAAUGUUAAUCCCAAACCAUAAAGUGAGUGGAAAGGUUUAACAUUUCAUAUUUAGCCCUAAAAGUAUGAUCAUUUCUACACGUGUAUUGUGCUGUAAAAUCAUUGAAAAUUUACUUUAGGUCAUGAAAAAGUCAUGGAAAAGUUUUACAAUUUUGAAAAG